UAAGACCAACGAGAUUCCACAACAUUUUCCCGUAAUUUCCUGAUUUGUCAGGCUUUGUUGGCUAUAUGAAAACGAAUUGUAGGCCUAACCAGAAUGUGUAGCCUAUUUAUGUAUUGCUUUAUUUUAAUCAUAUUAAAACCACUAUUUUGCCUGUUAAUUUACCCCAUGCAUAUUUAGCUUCAGUUUUUUUCUUUGUAGUGGUGUUUGGUGUAGGUGUAGCUUGUGACAUAUCAGGAGGAGGCUGGAUGAAGAAAUGGGUAGAUCAGCCUAACGCAAACUGCAUACAGGAAGCUCCAAAAGAUAUAGUGAUGUUGUCUUUUUUAGUUUUGAAUUGUAAUACAAAUGAUUUGUAAUGCAUUUUUGCAUUUUAAACUUCUGCUGAUAAUGAGUGAAAGAGUGCUUAGGGCUUUCUGCAAUCAAAUGCACUGCGCCGAGGUCGUCUUGACAACCUCAUACAUUGUUGCAAAUUGAGCAGGCACCACAACCACUUUCCCACGGUAAGACAGAAACAGAAGACACUACGAACACGUUGUGGGUAGAAGAGGAAGACACUACAGCGGUUCACAAAGAGAUGUAUUAAUUAACGUUAAAUGGUUCGGUUCAUCCUGAAACAAGCCGUGACAACCUUCCGUUCGUCCUGAAACAAGAGCCAUGACUCAAGAAAUAAAGGAGGCAAUCCUGCAGGUAUUACCUACAUUAGCAGAGGAUACCCUGUCUUUGCUGCUGACCAGACUUAACAGCAUUGGCGUGGACCGCAAGUCGGAUUUGCAAUAUGUGAAGGAGGAGGAUCUGUCAGAACAUCUUCGACCUAUAGAAUCGCGAAAACUGCUAAACAAAUGGAGCACUGAUGGGCAGCUGAGGUGUGCUGAAAAUUUACAAAGUGACAAUUCACAAUCAGACUCCACACGUAGUCCAUGCAGACUGGAUUCAUCCUCCUCAUCCUUCUCAUCCAGCCCAACCAGCACAAAUAGCAGCACCAGCACAGUCGACAUAGACUCUUGGCCAGACUGUUUUAAAGUUCCUUGGGGCAAAAUGCCUCAUGCCAUAUCAAUGGCUGUGCAUUCACAAAAGCGCCCAGCUCCAAGAGACCGAAGAGAAAUGGUCCGGAUCAUAGUAGAUGAAAUGAGGGUGAUUGAAGCCAAUCCUUCUAGAUCUGAUUGCUUUUCUGUUGCUAAGAAAAUAGUUAGACAGUAUCCCAAGAGCUUUGCCGAUGUCUUGAAAGAUGGCACUAAAAUUGGAAGUGGAUAUGCUUCCCUUGUCAAUCAGAUUAAAUCCAGGGUUGAACACCUGAAUAGGGACAAUGUUACAGCAAGACGCCGGAGAGGAAAAACACUGCCAAGCUCAUCCACCACCAAGAGCACCAAAGGACCAUCAGAUCAAUAUGGGUGUAUCAGUUGGCAGCCUGAGUGUCCUACUGGGGAAACUGAAGACAGCCUUAAGGGAAAAAAAGAACAAAUGCAAGAGAUGUUUUCAAGAGAAGUUCCAGUGGGGGGAGAGAGAGGAUGUGUCGACCAGCUAAUGCAUGUUACAUACUACCUGCAACGUAAGUCUAUCAACGCAAGUCCACCUCACACAAUUGCUGAGCUUAGAAAAGAUUGGCCAUAUCUCUUCACUCAGAAAGGCCUCUACAGUCACUUUCAGCAUCUUACAGACAUACCCAUCCUGGAAAAAAUGGAGGGAGCAAUUGCAGAAAAGGGAAAGAUGAUCCUCCAGUUUUAUCGCCAAAAGCCAACAAACUCGGAGGUGAAGCAGGUGCUGUCCAUGUUUGAGGCCAGUGGGUCUACCGUAGUUGGACCUUGUGUUAUCCUGUGCUUAAUGGCACACUUCAAAGAGAACCCAGAUGGACUACUGUUACAAGUUGAUGAAACAGCCACUCCUGCAGACGUGGAGAGAUUGCCUUUACCAGAUGCUCCAAGAUUAGUUAUUCAAGGGAACAAAUUUGUUUCCAACAAAUGGAUGCUAACCAUCGAAAAACAAGUGUUGAUGACUCCACAUUCAAGCUUCACUGCAGGCCUGGCCACUUUGUUUGCAACCUUCUAUACCUUCAAUUUGGAGUACCAAGAGGAGGCUUCAUGUGUCCUUGAAUUCAUCCAAAGGUGCUUUGUGGGAAUCAACCCAGACACCGGCUCCAAGGCUUCAAGUGGAAAGAAAAAACGUCACACAAUCAAUGUAAAUGUCUGCACUCUUUUACGCAAGCUCAUGGACUUUGACUGGCUUGGUUUUUAGGCACUCGC